GUCAGUGGACAACUUUUCCUUAAUCUUUGACUACUGUAGUGUAACAUGUGCAUUUAAUAUUUUGUUUAUUUACUUGCAAUAUAUUUAAAUUAAUUUUUUCAAUACAGUGCUAAAUAAUUUUUACUGUUUUAUUAAUUAAUAAACAAUGACAAUUAAUAAAGGAUCACUUGGCGGAUUUAAAACUUUUUGGCUCCGUUACGAAGAUGGUAGUUCAGAUCGAAAUCAAUUGUUUAUAAAAGAACAUACAGACAAAAAAUAUUCAAAAUUUCCUAAAGGAAAGACAUUAUUUGUCAUUAACAUACCUCCUUAUGCAACUGAAGAUUCUGUCAACUAUGCGUUUAGUAAAAAAUGUGGUCCUGUUCAAUCUGUCAAAUUCGUCAAGAAUAGUGGCAAAUCAGAAAAAUGUACCUACAUUAUUUUUGAAAAUGAAUCAGGUUUAGAUAAAGCUUUAUCAUUGUCUUCAGAUACAGUGUUGACUUUAAGUUCAAAGGAAAAACCUUUAAUAACUGGAUUAAAAAAAUGGUGUAAGGAAUACAACAGUUCAAUUUGCAACGAAGAAGCAACAAAAAAAUAUAUACAACAAUUUAUGGAAAAUUAUGACGCAAAAGUUGCAGAGCGCUUGAGAAAGGAAAAAUUAGCAGAAGAAGGUGAUUCGGAAGGAUGGGUAAAAGUGACAGGACGAAAAAAGAGAGGAGAAUUUGCUCUUGCAAGAAAAGAAUCAACUAUCAAUAAAUUACAAGACAAAUUAUCCACCAGUAAUCAGAAAAAACAGUUGAAAAAUUUCUAUCCUUUCCAAAUUCGUGAAGCCAAACGGCAGAAUUUGAUGGAGCUACGAAAGAAAUUCGAUCUAGAUAAAGAAAAAUUGCAACAAAUGAAACAAAAUCGCACAUUUAAACCCUUUUGAAGAGAUGGAAUUAUUACUUAAAUUUUUAGACGAUGAAGACAAUAAAAACGUAUUUCAUUAAAAAUUAAUUUUAUAAUAUACAAAUUUCCAUGUACAUAUAUAUAUGUAAAUAUAAAUACAUAAUUUACAAACUUACAAA